AUGGCUCGCGACUACAUGGGAGUUGUCGUAAACAUUCGACGAGAGGGUAUCUCCGGCAUUUCAAGGUGUGUGAUGCUCGUCUUGCUACAUUAUUCACCUGGUGCUCAGCUUAUUGAUUUCAUGUCAUCGGGUCACAGCCUUCUGGAGACAGGACACUUCGCCGACUUGGUCGUCAAGUGCAAACAGAAAGAAUGGAAGCUGCAUAGAGCAAUCCUCUGCAUGGGCUCAAAAUGGUUUGAGAAGGCGCUGACGGGCGACUUCAUGGAGGCCAGGAGCAACGAGAUCACUCUCCACGAAGUUGAUCCCGAACUAUUCUCGUGGGUUGUCAACUACAUCUACGGAAACGAGGUCACCUUGGGUAGCGAGGACGCAAACACGUUCGCCUUGGAAGUCAUUCGACAGUGGAAGAGGGCAGACUACUUCGUUCUCAAUAACCUUGAGGACAACAUCAGAACGGCGCUUUGUGACCAUUUCCACGAGAUUGGUCACGUAGUUCAGUGGAGAAAACUACAAGACGAGGAGACCGACGCCCUCGAUGAGGACUAUCUCUCCAGUCUAGCGCAGGCUAUGGAGGAGGCGUUCGAACAUUCUUCAAGAUGCAGUGUCGUCGAAGAUGCAUUCGCCACUCUGGUCAAAUCAUCGUCCUGGUGGGUUCUUGCACAGGAGGAGGUAACCAGCAUGAUUGAGAAAUACCCGGGACUCGCUACCAAGGUCAUCAGGUCCCUGAUGAAAGACUUCCGGCUUGAAGAACUCAUCAAGGACGUGCCCCAUCGAUGCGCGGGUACUCCAUGUGUAAAGCUUGGGAGCCAGCAACUGCAGACCCAGGCCCACUCAAUGCCAACGGCUCAGACUUUCGCGGCUCGAUCUCCGUACAUCACAUCAGUCAAGACUAUUGCGAACUGCCAGAGCUGCCAUGAGAAGAAAGUUGCAUUGGAUCGAAUGAAGAAGCACCACUGA